UUAUGUUUUAUAAUGAUCUACGAAAGAUUUUAAAAUCCUACUGGAGGUUUCCUUUGAUGAUCUGGCAACCGGGGAGAUGUUGAGGCGCAGUCAGGACCAGGACAGUAUGAUACCUCCUGCACCAUCAGCAUGCCAGAUCCAUGUGCGCAUGUGACAGGAUUACUGAUAUCAAAUCACUCGUUUCUGCGUGAUACGAAAGGCUAAACAUGAAGGCUAAGCCGUGGAGCGUGACGCCGCUGUGCUUCGCGUUGUUAUUCCUGUCACACGACGUCCAAAGUCAGAACAGAAGAAACCAAUCGAACAACCUGACCACAAAAGACCGAAAGGUGCUGGUGUGUGCGCUGGAGUUGGCCUUCCUCCUGGACAGCUCAGAGAGCGCCAUGUCGUACGGCUUUGACAAAGAGAAGGACUUUGUGCGCUCGUUUGGUGCCCGGGUGCUGAAGAUGCAGGUCGGCGAUUGGCACCUGAUGCCCCGCCUCGCCGCUCUCCAGUACAGCAGCUCUGUGUCCAUCGUGCAGAGCUUCUCCGACUGGCGUGGACUGGACAACUUCCUGACCAGCGUCGACUCCAUGGCCUACAUCGGACAGGGCACGUACUCAUCCUACGCCAUCGGGAACGCCACCGAGCUCUUCGUACGCGAGACAGACGACAAGAACGUCAGGGUGAUGCUCCUGAUGACUGACGGCUCCGACCAUCCACGGAGUCCCGACAUCCUGGCUGCGACCUCUGAGGCCAAAGGUCACAACAUCAAGCUCUUCACCAUCAGCUUGUCAUCACAGGGCAGCCAAAACAGCGCCAAGCUGCGAGUCAUGGCUAGCAGUCCGGCACAGCAGUUCGUGCACAACCUCAACGAUCCCGACCUCGAGGAGAGACUGCUUCAGGAGCUCAAAAAAGUGGCCAAUAUAGAAUGUCCACGAGUGCAAGCGUGUGUGUGUGAGAAAGGAGAGAGAGGAGUUCCGGGAACCCCUGGGAAGAAAGGAGAUGCGGGGAUUAAAGGACUGCCGGGAACUAAAGGUGUAAAGGGAAACACCGGACCUGCAGGACUUCCGGGACCGGACGGGCCUGAGGGACGACCCGGGUACAAAGGUAAUAAGGGUGACAGAGGAGAAUGUGGACCUCCUGGAUCAAAAGGAGAUAAGGGCGUUGAAGGACCCCCAGGACCGAGAGGAGUCCGAGGAGAGCAGGGCCCCCAAGGGCCAGCAGGGGACGAAGGACCUGAAGGACAGGAAGGCCCCAAAGGAGAUCGUGGACUUCCUGGUGCAACUGGACCUCGAGGGGAUAUCGGCAUUGGAUUUCCCGGUCCUAAGGGGGAGAAAGGAAACCAGGGAAGACCAGGCCCUGUAGGUCCAAUCGGAACAGGUCAACCAGGUCAACCUGGACCACCAGGACUUCCAGGGCCUCAAGGGGUUCCUGGCUUCCCAGGAGAGGGGCUAGUAGGGCCAAAGGGGGAUCGAGGUUAUAAUGGUUCUACUGGAGCUCGUGGACCACCAGGUUUUGGCUUUAAUGGUGAAAAGGGUAACGCUGGGCCUCCUGGGCCUCCUGGUCCUAUCGGGACUCCUGGAUUGGGAAUUCAAGGAGAAAAGGGAACCCAGGGUCCAAUAGGUCCUCCUGGUCCCAGAGGGAUCCCAGGGAUUAGCAUCACUGGUGACAAGGGAGACCGCGGCUUCCCAGGAGAACGUGGACCGCCAGGACAGAAAGGCGUCGGAGAGCCGGGAGCCAAGGGUGAGCCUGGCCUUCGAGGUAUCCCAGGAGCGCCAGGUGCUCCAGGAGAAGACGGAGCAAGAGGAUCAAAGGGUGAAAUCGGUGUUCCUGGGCCUAGAGGACUAGAGGGACUACCUGGUAAAGGUCUACCUGGAGAAAAGGGAGAGCAAGGAGCUAGAGGAGCAAGAGGACAACCAGGAGUCGUGGGACCAAUGGGUCCAGCGGGGCUCAAGGGAGAACCAGGAGGUUUGGGGCUUCCUGGGGUAAUUGGACCUCCAGGAAGGGGUGUACCAGGCAGUAAGGGGGAUCCUGGACCAGCCGGACUUCCAGGACCUGCUGGAGAAACAGGAAUAGGGAUCCCUGGGCCAAAGGGUGAACAAGGAUUACCUGGACCUUUAGGAGAACCAGGGCUGAAGGGAGACGGCUAUCCUGGACCACCUGGUCCUCCAGGCACCCGAGGACUACCUGGAGAGCCCGGUCCAGAGGGGAUAGGCUUUCCAGGACCAAAGGGGGAUCGAGGUACUGCGGGUCCUCCAGGGCCAAUGGGACCACCAGGAAUUGGACGUUUAGGCCCGAAGGGUUCUAUAGGUCAGACUGGCCUACCUGGCCCACCUGGGCUCCCAGGAGAGGGAAUCCAAGGCCCAAAGGGUGAGCCUGGAUUCCAGGGAUUAGUGGGACCAAGAGGAGCCCCAGGAGAGGGUUUACCUGGGCAAAAGGGGGACCGUGGAUUUACAGGAGAACGAGGACGCAAAGGGGACAAAGGAGGACAAGGGGAACCAGGACAAACAGGGCCAGGGGGAAGACCAGGCCAAAAAGGAGAAACCGGUCUCACUAGAGAAGAAGUUGUCAAAUUAAUUAAAUCCAUUUGUGGCUGUGGCGUGAUUUGCAGAUUCAGCCCCCUGGAGCUGGUUUUUGUGAUCGACAGCUCAGAGAGCGUGGGUCCUGACAACUUCGACAUCAUGAAGGACUUUGUGAAUGCCCUGAUCGACCGCGUUUCCAUCAGGCCCAAUGUCACACAUGUCGGGAUUGUGCUGUACAGCCACAUGACUGCAGUGAUCAGUGACCUGUAUCAACCCCUGAGCGUUGACGAGUUGAAAUCUGCCGUACGCCGAAUGACCUACAUGGGGGAGGGAACCUACACAGGAAGUGCCAUCCAUCAGGCCAAUCAGCUGUUCCUUUCGGCGCGGCCUGGAGUUCGGAAAGUGGUGGUGGUGAUUACAGAUGGCCAGAUGGACCAACGAGACGUGGUUAAGCUGGACGAUGCAGUGCGAGACGCACACUCCAGCAACGUCGAGAUGUUCGUCAUUGGUGUAGUGAAUCGGAGCGAACCGUUUUAUGAGAGCUUCAAGAGAGAGCUGGAAACCAUCGCCUCUGAUCCGGAUGAGGAGCACAUCUUCCUGAUUAGUGACUUCAGGACACUCACUGCACUGGAGAGUAAGCUGUUGGUGAAACUAUGUGAGAACAGUGACGGCAUGUUCAGUCAAACGCCCAAGCCUGAUCUCCUCCCUGUAACCGCCGGAGUCCCAUUUUACGAUGAGGGAUCAUGGAGGAGGCCAUACACCCCGACCUUUAAAGCAGACCACACACAGGAGCCAGGAGCAUCAGGAGGGAUCUUGGACAGCACCAGAGCACCGUUCUUCAGUGGGGAGAAUCCAAACAGUUUGGAUGAUCUGUGGCACAUCACAUAUGAUUCUGAUCCAGGAAAACCCUUAGAGAGACCGGAACCGCGCACCACCAGCAUCACCACUGAGCCACGCCUACUACUGAUUCAGGAUGAAUUUAGCCAAGACGACGCCUGCCUGCAGCCGCUCGACCCCGGGCCGUGCCGCACGUACGUGGUGAAAUGGUAUUACGAACCCAAGGCCAACUCCUGCGCCCAGUUCUGGUUCGGAGGUUGCCACGGCAACAGUAAUCGCUUUGACACAGAGAGCAUCUGCCGGAAAUCCUGCGUCAUCAACUAAAUCGCCGCCUCGCUGACCAUUAAGUAAUGAAAAAGCAAGGCUAUAAACCAAAGAGUAUAUACUUAUAUAUUUAUUAAAGCCGAGCAGCGGCGUGUUGAAGGCAGGGAGGUUUAGGAGGUGGAGGAACACGAAUACAUUCACAGGUGCUAACUAACUAGGUGCUAACUGGACCUCAUUUAUCGAAUCUUUCACAGGAGCAUUUACGCCAGAAACGAGGUGUUCGUAUCGCUCCUGAGUUUUCGUAAAUUUACGCAUAAGAAGUUUAAAUCGAGUUUGAAUCUUGUAUAGAGUAUAGUUCGAUAAGAUUUAACCAGAGGUAGCGUGUGUCUACGGAAUGUUUAGCGCAUGCCACACUUUUAGUUGUCAGUUUGUCUUUUUCGACUCCUUAUAUGGAAUUCUGAGGGCGUGGCUACAGGGGAAUCGGCUGCGCCGUGAAAUUACGCGCCAUCGUUUAUAGCCGUUCGGCAUUUAACGCCAUACGCACGUGAGCACGUGUUCGAUUUAACAAAAACUUUUACACCCGACUUUAUUAAACGAGUGAUAAACGAGCCCCACUGUGCGAACAUGUUAUAAUAUCGUACGAUAUACAGUUCUCAACAUCGAUAUAACGGAGAUGUGAUUAACAAAAUGAUAUACGUUUUUAAAAUGUCUGUUUCCGUCACGUCUAGAUGACCAGACCUGUAGUAGGUUUUAGUAGCUUGUUCCAUUACCGUCUCUUUCCCGGGAAGUGUACAUGCUGCUGUAAAUCCUAGCCAAAUGAACACUGAUGAUCUUCUACAUCUUUUGAAAACAGUCGAUUAAUAGUCAUUUCAUCAGGCCAUCUAUUCAUAUCGCCCUCUUUCUUUCAUUUAUCACUCUUUCUCCAGUUCGUUGAAGAAUACAAAAUGAAAAAUACAGCACCAGGCAACAAAUUCACGAAACCGACGAGAAUCACUGAACACAUCAGAAAUAUUUCGAUAUAUAUAUAUAUAUAUAUAUAAGCAGAUUCCACUCCAAGGUCGGUGUUCGAACAAGCUUCUCCCACAGAAAGGCUUAGGCUACAUGUACGUUAAUCCAGAUAGAUAGAAAACGUUUUCCAAAAAUGAACUCGCUGAAAACGUGUAUAUCCCUAACACUGCACAUACGUAAUAAAAAAACGACGUUAAUUCAAAAUACUACUAUGACGAAUAAAAUACGUCAUAGUUUUCGAGUAGCCCCGUUUUCAAAUUCAUCCACUUGGGAUUUUCGUAACGCUCCUUUUGACCGGACAAAAACGCCGUCUCGGCGUGGACGGAAGGCCCGAACGUCUCGGUCUCAGCGAUUUGUGGAUAAUACCACCCGAAGUAACAUCGGGCGGCAGUGGGGACAGCGAGAACCGUCCCUGAACAAAGGGGUACAUGAACGUAAUUAUCAUUCAGAAAGACAUCCGUCUAGACGACCGUAUCACUCCACCAUUUUGGGGGGGGGGGUCACGCCUUUCACGACGUCGAUAAUGGAAAGCGAUCCCGUCAGUCGUUACGCUUCAUUUACAUUUUCGAGCAGGACUUUGUUUACAUCACAGGUUUGCUGGUUUGAAAAACUGUUUAAAAUGUCUGAGCUGAUAUUGUUCACGGUUCACUUAUAAAUAAAGUUAUAAAAUAAAGUUAUUCUUCAUCUUCGACGUGCUCGUAAUUGAUUGCUUUUUUUUUUAAUAUUUUAUUUUCCACGUAAAUAUAAAUAUUUCUAAGAUUUUACUUUUCACUGAUAAUAGACUCGGUAAUGAAAAAAUAACUUGAAUUAAAUUAGAUACCAAUGCAAACUAGAAAUAUUUUGGCUAGUGGGCUCAGAAUUUUAGACCCCGCCCACAGGAUGUCGAGCAUCUACAACUAAAAGUUACUUACCGAAGCUUUAAGU